GAAGGGGAGGGGCUGGUCUAGGAGAGGGAAGAGCGCCGUGUGGAACACCUGGGCUUUAGGAGCAACAGGUGGAGUGCGUGCUUGAGGACUUGGGCUUUCCUGCAGACUUGGCAGCUGUGUGACAGCUGAGAAGACACGCGUUGCUUUACUGCUUUAUUCCCGAAGGGCUGGAGACAGGCCUGCAGUAAAAACAGGUCUGACCUGGAGGGAUGGUUGCAUAAGCCACGCCCCUAGGGUUCCUUCUUUGGGUCGCCAAAGCUGCUGUGCUGUGUGGGCAGGAAAAGACCACCAACAUUCUAUUUUUGUAGUGGAACAUCUUAUCCAGCUUGAACAGUAUUCCAGAGAAGCACCUCACAAUCUGAUUUCAUUUAUUUCCUCUGAUGUCAUAUUGGAAAAGAUUAGGAUGUACAAAGAUAUGUGACCUUCCAUAGGAAGAAGAUGUUAAAAACCCUUGGCCACAAUCACAGUAAUGGAUCUCUGUCAGAAGAAGGAGACUGAAUUAGAAAUCAGUGAAAAUAAUGAAAUUCAAAGCCCAGAAGAAACGGAAUUAACGUAUACUUGCUCAGAUGAAAGAAGUGAAAAGAAUCAUGUUUGUUGUCUUCUCAAUAUCAGUGACAUUACGCUUGAACAAGAUGAAAAAGCCAACGAGUUUGUCAUCAGAACUGGAUGGGAAGAAGCCGUUCAAGGCUGGGGAAGGACUUUUCCAACUGCCUGCAUCUGGCCCAGGAAGAAGCCUAAAAAGGCGAGGGUGGGAGAAGUUGCCAGCGGCUGCUUACUCUGUGGCAGCCUCUCCCAAGGGAGCACUGAGGCCAGGCCUCAGGCCGGGAAAUUGGGGUCAGGGGUUCCUGCUGAGGUAGGUCCAGAGAAGGAUCAAGGAAGCCCCUCCCAGACUCAAGGGACCCCUCAGGGUCCCACUGCUGCCUCCAGGGAGAUUAGCAAGAUCUGCUUUCCCACCUACAGUCAGGGAGAGAAAAAAAGUCUGCAAAUAAAGGAAUUUGUUUGGUGCAAGGAAGACUGGGCCACCACUGAGACUAUUAGGGGCAAGGACCCCAGAAGUGCCAGCAGAGGUCCCUCCAUCUCAGACUCCUUGACUUCCAGGGCUCUUUUAGUUCUGCCUCCCCUGAAGGCUUCACCCCCAAACGGCUUGGAUGUUCUGGGUAAGAAGAGUAAGAACUUUUUCUUGCAGCCGGAAGAGAAGGUGCUGGGUGUGGAAAAGGAUGAGUGUGUGGCUUGUACAUAUGGAUUGAAAACAGUUGACGGGAAAGGUGAAAAGAGACCCGUUGAGCUGGCCAAGCACCCCAAGGUCAAUGACACACUGCCUUUCCCUCCCCGGGUGGCCCCAACACCCCUGCUGGCCAAUGUGGAGCCGUGCUGUCUGCAGUGGUCCCUCCUGCCUGAGAGAAACCUGCUGUGCCCUCCCAAUCCCAGCAACGUGCAUUAUCUCACCACCGUGCAGCUUUUGCAGAAACAGGGAAUGCAAAACUACAAAGCCAAAUUCAGAGCCAGGGAGCCAAGACCUCCCAUCAACACUCAAAAGCGCAUUCUCACGGAGGCCAAGCAGGAAAACAGGCUCCAAAUGUUGGAGACCAAAGUGUUCCCGAGAACGCUCUUGCCAUCCCUCACAGUGAGCAGAGUUGUUAUUCCGGUCUCCACUCACAGACUGCUCUGAGCUGCCGCAAUAGAACUCCCUGGGAAUAAGUACUGUUUGAAUUCUUUCAUCCUCUCCCGGUCUCUCCCCCUCCAUCCCAUCCUGCUCUCUUCUCUUCCCUUCUGCGGUGCUCUUCCCGGCCACUGGCCCUCCCCUAGUCCUUUUUCUUUUUUUGCUGUAGAACCAGAGGAAAUGGAACCUCACUGUAUGGGUUUCAAUUCAUUCUCAAAACCCCCAUGUUUAUGUGUCACCUGCUUCUGUUGCUUAGCCAUUUACAAAAUGCAAACUGGUAAUGCCAGUCUCAGCCUGUGCCUGCCUUAUCUCUCUACUCCCCCUGGAAGCCAAGCGGAUGGUGGGGACUCUGAAGGACCUCCCUCAGUGAUGCCCAUGUCAGCCUGGAGCCAACCGGCUGGGGUUCUUUCCACCCCACCCCCGUGCCGUAAGCCAAGUGGAAGGGCUUGUUUAGACCAAAUUGUUUCCUGAUCUUGUGAACCAGGCAGUUAUCUAUCAUAUAUAGUUAUCUAUCCUGCUUCAUUUUCUCUUGCAACAAAGAUCUGAAACAUUGCUUUAAUAGAUAACCCCAGCCUGUGUCCAAAUAAACAUCCUUGUGUCUGAGGUGUCAUAUCCUUAUAUCCACGGAUAUACCGCAUCCACUACAUGCUGCACAUCCCAGGGUUUCCUAUACUUAGGUCAUAGCCUCAUGCUAGUCUCCAUGUCUGGAAAAGUUUUAGCCGCAGCUCCAUAAAGUCCAUCUUGGGAAGCAGGUUAAGAAUAACUAUUUGGAAAAAAAAAUGUCACUGUGAUUAUGACUGUCACCCCUCAUGCUUCCUCCAGUCUGACCUUGUGUCUAAUUUUUGGGAACUCUCAAUCCCAGACAGACACUUACAGAAUAGGGAAUACUUUCUCCCUUCUUCCCUCAUUUUACCCCAAUGCAUAUUUCCUAACGUUGUAUAUAAAUUAAACAUUUGUAAAUGAGUUAUAUUUUAAGUGCUAAGUGACAAUGCUAUGUAGAGAAAUGCUCUGAAAAACCAUUUUGUAGUAUGAAUAACCAUUUAGCCGCUCUGUAAUUACAUAGUUUGCAUUUGCUUAAGAUAGGUUGUACUUGAUCUCUGGACUUCCUGUCCCCUAAAUUAUGGGUAGACAGACGUAGGACUGUGUUUGUAAACAUCUGCUUUCCACAAUUGGUCUUUGUAAUGUCUCUUAGUUUUUUUUUUUUAAUUGUUUUGUGAUUUGUUUUUACAAAACACUAGAAAUGCAGAAAUGAAUAUAGUACAAUGGUCAUUAAAAGGUGUACUUUGCCUAUUGA